AUGGGUCUAAUCGCGGUCCCGGGCGCCACCGAGAUCACGAGCACGGGGCUGUUCUUGUUGUCGAAGAUGUGCAGAGUCGGCAUGUUGGGCUCGUUGAACACCAUCCACUCGUUUACGAUCAUCUUCACGACCCCGAUCGCGAGCAGCCUUACCUUUCCGGCAGCCUUCGACUGCGGGGUGAACAUGGCGUCCAAGAACCCGCCGUGGUCUUCCCUAGGCGUCCUCUGCUCCAGGUCGGGUUCGACGUCUUCACCGGCCCACCGACCCCAGGGACACGACCGUGUUGUCGUACAUGAUCCCGAACAGGCCGUAGUUUCUCUCCACCCUCUCUCGAGCUGGGGGUACAGGCUCUGCCAGAACCCGCUGUCGCCGGUGGUCGUACUGUACAAGGGGAAGCCGAUCACCUUCACGGAGGACAACGUGAGCACGAGGGUGGUCAGGGCCAGCUACGGGGUCAUGUCGCUGCUCAGGAUGAGACACAUCGCCGCGCUCAAGCACCACUACUUGUCCACACCCACCAUCAAGUCGAUGCUGAUCCCGAAGGGGAGGAUGCGCGGGGGCAUGGCCAGGAGGGACGCCGUAAUCACCUCCGACAUGGCGACCACGGUGGUGUGCAGCCACUGCCGCAAGCUCACAAUCAACUGCGACUGCCCGUCCCCGAAGCCGCCUCCCACCGAGAUCAUGGUCAGGUACGGGCUCGUGAUUUUGGACGUGUACCUGACCGUGGCCACACUCAACACUCCCGACAAGGGCACCUACAGCGUCGCGUACUUCACCCGCAUCACCACCGAGCCUCUCCGCGCGGCCGCGAUCACCUGCAACUUGAAGUCCGUGUUGAAGUCAUAG